AUUAAAAAAAUAAUAUUAAAUGACUCCGCCUAAAAAAGAUAAAGACAACAUAAAUAGCAAUCUGCAAACACCCUAAAUAAUUGAACAAAUACCAAAAUCCCCAAAUUUAGAUUGCGAUUCACCUCUUCAAAAAUUUCGAACACAUUAAAUAACUACCUUAACAAAAGACUUAAAACUAGAUAACCAAAACCUAAACAAAUAUCAAUUUAUUCGAGAACCAUGUACACGUAAAUUCACUCCUGACUAUUCUAAGUUAGUUUCCAUCGACAAAAUAUAUAAAGCAUAUAAAAAUAUCAGAAAUACCGUUGUAAGGACUCCUCUUACACAUAGUUAUUUCCUAAGUUAAAAAUAUGGAGCCAAUAUAUAUUUAAAAAGGGAAGAUUAGUAGGUAGUUCGUUCAUUCAAAUUAAGAGGAGCUUACAAUAAAUUCCUUUAACUUUCUAAAGAAGAUAAACAAAAAGGCAUUGUAUGUGCCAGUGCGGGUAACCAUGCUUAAGGAGUGGCUUAUUGCUGUAAUAAAUUGAAAGUAUAAGGAAUUAUUUUUAUGCCAACGAAUGCUCCUAGUAUCAAAUUGAGGAGUGUACGUAGUUUUGGAGGUGAUUAUAUUAAGAUUUAAUAGGUAGGUGAAAAUUUUGAUGAAUGUUCUAAAGCUGCAAAAGAAUAUAGCAAUAAAAAUAAUUCUACUUUUGUUCAUGCAUAUGAUGAUGAAGCAAUAAUUGCAGGAUAAGGAACAGUUGCAGUGGAAAUACUAGAAGAUUUUAAAGGAAAUAUUGAUUAUGUAUUUUGCUGUGUAGGAGGCGGAGGGCUUUGUGCAGGUAUAGGAAGCUAUUUUAAGCAUGUUUCGCCAGAUACCGUACUUGUGCCAUGUGAACCUAGUGGAUGCCCUUCGAUGAAAUUAGCUAUAGAAACAGGAAAACCGGAACCUUUGCAAAAAGUGAAUCCUUUUGUAGAUGGAGCAGCAGUGGGAAUUCCGGGUAUCAGAACUCAUGAAAUUUUAAGUAAUUUAGUUGAUUCUAUUUUGCUUAUACCUGAAGGGGUUGUCUGUUAAUCUUUAUUAGAAUUAUAUAAUAUGGAAUCUAUUGUAUGCGAACCUGCUGGGGCUUUAGCUAUUUCUGGAUUAAAUUAUUAUUAAGAUGAAAUUAAAGGAAAAAAUGUUGUAUGUAUAAUUAGUGGGUCAAAUAAUGACCUUUCAAGAUUGACUGAUAUGAAAAUGCUUUCAUAAAUUGAAUAUGGGAUUUUGCAUUAUAUGUUGGUAGAUUUUCACUAAAAACCGGGAUCAUUAAGAGAAUUUAUUAUGAAUUGCAUGGAAAAUGAAGAUGAUAUUGUUAGUAUUGAAUACACAAAAAAAAAUAAUAGGGAAAGAGGACCAGCUGUUGUAAGUAUUGAAUGCCCUUCUAGAGAAAAUUUUGAAAAAAUCAAAGAAAAAAUGGCUAAAAUAAAUAUUAAUUACAAAAUUUUGCUUCCAGGAGACCAAAUGUUUAAUUUGUUAUUAUGAAAAAAAUUAAAUACAUUAUAAGAAUAUGAAAACAAAAUAAUAUAAUUUUUUAUAUAAUCACAUCUAUAAUUAAAAUCUUAAGAAAAAAAACAUAGUCUUAUUAUAUAUCAGUUCAAAUUUUAUCUUAGGAUUUUUCUUCUUCUUCUGGCACUUCUUCAAGUUUAUUCAACUAUUAAUAAGCUUCUUUUUUAUCUUAAGUAAUUGAAACAUUAAGUAUUCCACUGUUUUCAUUAAGCAUUCCAGUAUUUUUCGAUAAAUAUUCCCAUUAUUCGAUGGAAUUAUUUAAAUUAUUAAUAUUAACUUACAGUUCUCCUUCAUAAAAGUCAUUCAAAUUCUACCAUAAAGGCAAUACUAUUACAUUUAAAAAACUUUUUUCGGCUUUUGACAUAAUUGGUAAUUAAUCUAAAUCUUUCAUAAAGGCUGUUUAUGAAACUCCUCUAAGUCCUUCUUCUUAAUAUUACAUAAAAAACUCUUAAUUUAUUUUUUCUGACCAUUGUUUUGACAAAGGGAAUUUUUUCGAUGCUCCAGUGAAAUCGGCUGUAUGAAUGAUCAUUCCAGUUAAUAAUUCUAUUUCAUUUUCAUUAUUUUCUUUAUUCAUUAUUUCUGUUACUUUAUCUCCGGCGUUUUUCCAGUAUAUUUCGAAGUCUUAAAGAAGCUUAAAAUGCUAUUUUAUGUCCGUCUAUAAAAUGUUAGACACCAUUUAUCGCCUUACAUUGGCGUAUUAUAACGUAUUCAACCCUCCCAGUACAUUACAUUAUUAUCUUUUCAUUAUUUUAAAUGUUUUGGCCAAAUGGUGUUAUUCCAAAACUGAUUUAUCAUGGUAUCUUAUCGCCAAUUUGGAUAAUACGGCGAUUUCAAAAUUAUUAUUUUUGCCUGUAUGUCCCACAUCAUGACAUAAUCCAGAAAAUAUAAGUGCAAAAGAUUCUAAAUUUUUUAGUAUUUAUUUCACUUUUUGGCAAUUAGCUAACAUAUGGCAACAUUACAUGACUGCCAGACCAUGUGAGAAAUUAUGGAAUUUAUUUUUAUUUUUAUUGUAUCCUUUUUAUAAUUAUACAAUAAAAUUUACAAAAACAGAUUCUUGAAUGUUAUAAAGAGAAACAAAAUUUCCUUUUUAUAAAAUUUGCCAGGCAAUUGUGUACAUUUGUUCGUUUGUUUAAAGUUCCAAAACAUUAAAAUCCCAUUCAUCUAUACUUGAAGAAGUCCUUAUAU